AUGUUACACUCGACUACACUCAAUUGUCCUUGUUCAACCAAGGCUAUGUCUUAUGGUUCAUUUGUUUCAUUAUCUCCAACAUUGCAUCAGGUGUGUUCAAGUGGUUUUGCUACUGAUGAAUGGGUUACAUUAUUAAAAAGAAGCACCUUUGGAUAUGUUCCUAAUGAUUGGCGUAAUCGAGCUGGAUCACAAUUCCAAUUGCUGUCUGACUUUUGUCGAGUGGCUAAUAAAACGAUUGAUGAUAGUGUUGAUCGCUUUCUAAAGAAGUUCUUUAUCGCUUCAACUGUAUUCAAUGAAAUCGAUUUCGAUACACAAUUAAAUGUAACUAUCAGACAGUUUUAUAAUUCGACGAUUUUCGACUUCAGUCUUCAGAACAAUGUUGUACGUCUUUUUUUGCAAGUCGAUCAGCCUUAUAUGGGACCAUUCAACGAUGAAAAUAAUUAUUUGCAUAGCAACCUAAUCAUAGCCGACAUAGAAAAUGAAAGGGAUAAUCAAUCCUUAUCACAGGUAUCAUUUGUUUUACUUAAGAUUUCAGAAAUUAAUUCAACAGUAUUCACUUGUAUUUGUGCAACUGAUCCUCGUUGCCAAGGUUUAAGCGCCAUUUAUGGUACUGAUUAUAUUCGUGAGAUGAUGGUGGAACAAUGGAAUGCAUCGUGGCCAUACAAGAACUUUUACAAAUCAUGUGCACCGAUUUAUUGUACUUAUUCUGAAAAAAUUCGUACAAAAACUAUUGCGGAAAUAAUAAUAACAUUGAUGUCCGUGAUUAGUGGACUUGUUGUUUCAUUACGUCUUAUCACACCGUAUCUUGUCCAGUUUUUCUUUUACUUAUGGGCAAAGAUCAGCAAAAGACAACAGAGCCAGCAACAAGACGAACAAAUUCAUGGAAACUGGUGCGAUCGAUUCAAAAUGACUAUGAGAAAUGUGAUCAAACUUUUGCAUAGCACUGUCAUCAAUCUAAACAUAUUUUCGUUGAGUGAUAUUGGUAGUACUCUUGAUCCGAUAAAAGCUAAACGUCUUGGUCAAUGGGCAACUCGUUUGUACAUUGCUUUAUUCAUCGGUGGUCUUAGUAUUCUCACUGUAUAUAACCUAAUUCAACCACAAAUGAUGACGAAAACGUUUAAUAAACCGCCUUUCAAUGUUUACAAGAAUCUGAAAAAGCUUUAUGGCGACGAAUUAAAAUGUCCAUGUUCAGUAAUUGCAACGGUAUAUAGCCAAUUUAUAGAAAUUGAGCCAACAUUUCAUAAGAUCUGCUCGAGUCCAUUCGCAUCGGAACAAUGGCGAAUUAAUAUUACAGCUGGUCUUGCUGCUAAUUUGUCUAUUUAUGAACGAAGAGACUAUCGUCGUUUUCUUUCUGCUCAUUUACAAUUUCUUCAAGGACUAUGCAAACUUUCUAUGAAUUCAGUAUACAAUUCGAUCAAUCAAUUUCGCACCUCAUUACUUGUCACUUCUGAACUUCUUUCAGAAACAAAUUUUCAUCAAAAACUUGAAUCGUUGAUGGAACAGAGUAAAUCAAAUGCUCCUACAACAUUCCGUCAUCUUCUCUUCUUAAUUAGAACUAUCAAUCAUGGAAAUGCUUUCAUAUCAACAUAUGGAACAAAUUUCGAAUAUAUUGUGCCCGAAGAUGCAUCUAUGGGAUCUUAUUUACCGACUCGAGCUCUAAUCUAUGAUGAUAAAUGCUCCUGUGGAUUAUGUUCAAACUGUACAACUCAAGCAAAUUUUAUCACAUCUAAUUCUUCUGAAAUAAUUCCAAUUCCAAUUAAAGGUUUAAAAAUAGGAUGUACACCAAGUGAAUCAUUUCGUCCUUCGACUCUUGAAUGUUUUUAUAAUCAAUCAUGUAUUAAUCUCAUUCAUGAGUAUACUAAUUACAGCUAUUCUCAUGAGCCUCUCUCUAUAAUGAAUAGUAGUUUUUUGAUUAACACUACAAUGGCUGAACUUAUUGGUAGACUAUUCAUUGAACGAUGGUCAAUAAAGCCGAAUUAUACAUCUUAUUUUCAGCAAUGCUUACCAUCAUAUUGUUCCUAUACUAGUGUUCAAAAAUUAAACUUAAUUUCUAUAAUUACUCUUUUACUUAGUCUUCAAGGUGGUCUCACAAUCAUUCUUAAAUGGACUUGUCCUAAAAUAAUUCGAAUUGUAUCUAAAAUAUAUGAUUAUCGGAAAAAGCGAAUGAAUACUAUUCACCCUGGCUGUGCUCUUGAAGAAACAUCUGAUGAUAUUUCUAACACACCCGCUGAUAAUGUUACUACUAAUUUAGAGAUAAGUUCAAUGCCUGAAACGUCUCCGACAAUUACUGGUAGAUCAGGUCGACGUACUUCCAAGGUCUUCUUUGGAUGUAUACUAUUGACUAGUGUAAUAGCAGCUUUGAUUAUUUUUUCAUUUUAUAUCGUGCGACAAGCUUCCUCGAUCAACAUGACAAAUGAUACUAAUGUGAACCCAACAACAAACACAACAAUGUCAACAUUUUCAAGUACAGCAACACCAAUUUGCAAAUCAGAAUUUCGAUCGAUAUCAAUGAACACAUCUUAUUUUGAUCUUAUACGAAACGGAUUUGUUUCUGCUGAUUUUAACAAUGAUAAUCGACUUGAUCUUGUGAUUUAUUCUGGAUUGCACAGGACUGUGAAUCUGCUGUUUGGAAAUGGGGAUGGAAAUUUUGGAGCAGUAAAUAUUAUUCCAAGGGAAGGUUUUAAAAUGUUGUCUCAUAUUAAUGCUCGUGACUUCAAUAACGACAAUCGGUCUGACCUCGUUUUAGCCAAUAGUACCCAUCUUGGUAUUCUCUUAGGAAAUGGCAAUGGAAAUUUUGGAGCACUGAAUAUACAAUCACUGGGAGCGAAAUGCACACCAAAUGAGAUCACUGUAGCUGACUUCAAUCAUGACAAGUACUCAGAUAUCGCUGUCGUUAGUAUGAAAAAUAAUAGUAUGUGUGUAUUUCUUGGAACGGGUAACGGCACUUUUUCAUCGCCAUUGAUAUUCCCUACUGGACAUAAUAGUCAGCCUCGAUCAUUAAAUGUCGGUGACUUUAACAAUGAUGGUCACUUAGAUAUUGCUGUAACCAAUGAAAAUGCUGUGAAUGUUGGUGUAUUUAUUGGAUGUGGUAACGGAACUUUUGAAGUACAGAAACAAUCGUUCACUUUUAUUGGUUCUGAUCCAACUAAUCUAGCAGUCGGUGAUUUUGAUAGUGACACUCAUCCAGAUAUUGUUACCUCCAAUGAUAAUGAGAACAUUAUUUGUAUUUUAUCUGGAUAUAGUAAUGGGAUUUUUGAUGUCAGACAAAAGUUUUUUAUAAAAUCUGUUUCGACAACACCUUCGGUUGCUGUUGGUGACUUUAACUGUGAUGGACAUUUAGACAUCGCUAUUGGAACGACUGGUCCAUAUGGCAUAGAUGUGCUACUCGGGUAUGGAGAUGGUCAUUUUGAUACACAAACAAUAUUUUCGACUGAAGUGUUUGAAACAGACAUUAUGAUCGUUGUUCAUGAUUUUAAUGGUGAUACUUAUCAAGAUAUAAUCGCUAUAGAUGUUGGCUUCAAUACUAUAGAUAUUCUUUUAAACAUAUGUGAAUGUUGCACGCGUGAAAUUCUCAAGAAAAGUAACUCCAGUCUUCAAUAA